UUCCUCUUUUCAAACUGGCUGAAACUUGAUGAAAAAACAAAACAAAACAUUUGGUUAAGUAACCAAGACAUUUCCUGCACACGUUGCCAACCGAAUAUUACUCCAUCAUGUAAGCAUCUGGGUCCUAGUUUCCUCAUAAUAAUAAAAAAGGAAGAAUAAAAGAAAAGUAUAUAAAAAAACAGUGAUCUGGGUUAGUGUUAAUAAUUACAUAAUUACGCCUGUCAGUACUAUAAUAUUUCACAUACUCCACCUAUUUUUAAAAAAACAACUUUACCUAAAACCCUGCUUUGUGUGCUGGGCGCGUCUGCUGCUCUAAAAGCCUUUUUGGUGAUAUUUCACCUUUAUCCAGCGCUUUCAUAAACGCGGCGCUGUCCGCGUCCAAUGAACACGCAGCUGACGAACGGAACAGCUCCGUCAUCUUGACUGCUGAACUACAAGUCGUAGCAGGUCGGACAAAGAAUCGCAUUUUUUAACCUCCAGCCGAAGUCAGACUGCUCUGGACGGCGCGUGCAGCGCGUGAAGGACACCGCGUUGUUAUGCUGAAACCGAGACUGUUUGGUGGCGAUUAUACGUUUGACUUUUGUAGUCCGUUUCCUGCUCAGCGACAACUUUUGACAAAUCUAGCGUGUAAAGCAAUAUGACAAUCAAGAUAAGGACAGCGCGCGCUCUUCCAUCCCUCUGAAAAACAGCAUAGAGACAGGAUGUUUAGUCUAACUGAAGUUGCCUCCCUUAAUGACAUCCAGCCGAACUACCGUAUUCUGAAACCAUGGUGGGAUGUGUUCAUGGACUACAUUGGAGUAAUAAUGUUGAUGUUAGCCAUCUUUUCUGGAACUAUGCAGUUAUCUAAAGAUCAAGUGGCGUGUCUUCCCAUUCUUGAGGAAAGCAUUAACCCCGAGGCAGCACUAGAAUGUUCCACACCAGAUCUGGCCACCACGCCCUCAGAAACCAGAGACCUUCCUGACAGUGUUGCACAUGAGCUCCUUAACACUCAACCUACCCCUUUAAAAGGUGAAGAUAGGUGGUCUCAACCUCAACCCAGAGGACGAAAAACAAAUCUGGACUAUCAGCAGUACGUUUUUGUCAACCAAAAGUGCUACCAUGAUGCCCUACCAUGGUACAACAAAUACUUCCCUUACCUUGCUCUCAUACACACCAUAAUGCUAAUGGUAAGCAGCAAUUUUUGGUUCAAGUACCCAAAGACCAGCUCAAAGAUUGAACACUUUGUUUCCAUUUUGGGGCGGUGCUUUGAGUCACCUUGGACAACGAAAGCUUUGUCUGAAACCGCGUGUGAAGAUUCUGAGGAAAAGCAGAGAUUCACAGGGGGUGUGGCUUUCCAGAAACACGUAUCCUCGGAGGACAGCAGUCAGUCUACACCUUUGAUGGAAUCGCCAGCGGUGCAUUUUCCAACCGAAAAGCUUAUUGCAGAAGCUCCUAGCCUGACCACCUUAGACAAAAAAGAUGGAGAACAAGCCAAGGCUCUUUUUGAGAAAGUGCGAAAAUUUCGAGUCCACGUAGAAGACAGUGACUUCAUCUAUAAACUCUACGUGGCUCAGACUGCGAUAAAAGCACUUAAGAUAAUUUUGAUCUUGAGCUAUACGUCAACAUUUGCCUCGAAGAUCCGAUUCUGCCAUAUAUGUCUACCUAAAAUCGAAAGUUUGACUGGGUAUGAUCAGUUCUUUUGCACUCACAACAUGGCAUUCAUGUUGAGGAAACUUCUUUUCACCUUCAUGGCAAUGAUAUGUCUCUAUGGACUGGUGUGUUUGUAUACUCUCUACUGGCUCUUCAGGAGACCUCUUAAGGAGUACUCUUUUGAAAAAGUCAGAGAAGAAAGUAGCUUUAGUGAUAUUCCUGAUGUCAAAAAUGAUUUUGCAUUUCUACUACACAUGGUCGACCAAUACGACCAGUUGUACUCCAAACGGUUUGGCGUAUUCCUCUCUGAGGUGAGUGAGAACAAACUACGAGAAAUAAGCCUUAACCACGAGUGGACAUUUGAAAAACUACGUCAGCAUGUGACAUCCAAUGCUCAGGAUGAACAAGAACUUCACCUUUUUAUGCUGUCAGGACUACCUAAUGCCGUAUUUGACCUCACCGAUCUGGAAGUCCUGAAGUUAGAGCUUAUUCCUGAGGUCAGGAUUUCAGCCAAAGUUUCUCAGAUGACAAACCUACGAGAACUACAUCUACAUCACUGCCCCGCAAAAGUCGAACAAACUGCUUUUACUUUUCUCCGCGACCAUUUACGAUGCCUCCACAUUAAGUUUACUGAUGUUGCAGAAAUCCCACCAUGGAUUUAUCUGUUGAGAAGCCUCAAGGAACUAAAUCUGUUUGGGAACUUGAACUCUGAACACAACAAGAUGAUCGGUUUGGAGUCGCUUAGAGAUCUGAGACACUUGAGAACGUUGUACCUCAAAAGCAAUCUCAACAAAAUACCAACUAAUCUAACAGAACUCUCGCCACAUCUCACCAAACUGGUGAUACACAAUGAUGGGACUAAAGUACUGGUACUGAACAGUCUGAAGAAGAUGACCAGCCUGGUUGAUUUGGAGCUCCAGAACUGUGAUUUGGAGAGGAUCCCACAUGCUAUCUUUAGCUUGGCUAACCUGCAAGAACUGGAUUUGAAGAACAACAAUAUCCGAACCAUUGAGGAGAUCAUAAGCUUUCAGCACUUGAGGAGACUGAUGUGCCUCAAGUUAUGGCACAACAAGAUCACUGCCAUUCCACCAUCGAUAGGCCUAGUGAAGAGUCUGGAGUCCCUCAUUUUCUGUCACAAUAAAUUGGAGACCCUUCCACCAGCUUUGUUUCAUCUGCCCAAACUGAGGCACAUUGACCUCAGCCACAAUUGCAUCUCGAGUAUACCAGUGGAGGUUGGACACCUUCACAACCUUCAGCAUUUUGCAAUCACUGGGAACAAAGUAGAAGUUCUACCUAUCCAACUGUUUAAAUGUUCCAAACUAAAGGUUUUAUGUGUGGGUCAUAACAGCAUUACUUCCAUCCCAGAGGCGAUCGGUCAGUUAGUUCAGCUGUCCCAUUUAGAGCUCAAAGGGAACUGCUUAGAUUGCCUUCCAUUCCAGCUUGGCCAGUGUCGCCUUCUUCGGAAAAACCUCCUCUUUGUGGAGGAUCACCUUUUCGAUACACUGCCUCUGGAGGUCAAGGAAAGUAUCAGUAGCGAUUAAUGGACUGAUGGACAUUUCAAUUCUGUAGAAAUUGUCAUCAACAAUUUGAUCUGUAAAUGGGCACCAAAGACAGGAAGCAAAAUGAUGUUGCAAAAUGUGACAGGAACAUUGCAAACAACCAGUUUGUGUUUGCUUCUGUUUGCAAUUUUAGGUUAAAUUAUUAGGUUAUACAUGUAUAUUGUGUUAUUUACAGUCAUUUUUGUUGUCAUAUUAAAUAUGCAGGCUAAUGCAUAUUAUAAAGUGCACCCAAAAAUUACAAUUCUGUCAUUUUUUUUACUUGUCAUCCCAAACUUGUAUGACUACUGUGGAAUACAAAAGGAGAUUAACUUUUUUUUCUUCUUUAAAUUUUUUUGUCCAUUUUAAUAGGGUCCAAAACAACAUCUGACCGCACUGACUUUAACUGUAUGGAUAAAAACACUACUUAAUUAUGACAGAAUUACCAUUUCUGGGUGAACUAUCCCUUUAAGUAUUAGUAUUAUCCCAUUUAACUCCGUAGUUCUCAUAUUUUUGUUUUCAAAGUGUCUUUCAAUGGCAGUUUUCAGGUAUUUUCUUUAACUCUUAAACUUAACUUAAAAUGCAUCUUAUGUUUCUUUUUUUGUUUUGUGUUUAUACAACAUUAAACGCGUAAAUGUAUCAUGUGCUUUGUUAGAUCUGGCCUUUGAGUUUAGUAGCUGCACUUCUCAGCAUUUUAUACACUCCAGAAGACAAGAUCUGACACGACGAAAGAUUUGAUGAAAGUUCACCUUUUCUCUUUAGCAAUAUUGCAACACGUUUUUGAGUCUGAGAAUGUUUUUGUAUUUCCUUUUGUUAAGUGAAGCAUAUUAAAUGCUUUUUUGCUGUAGCGUGCUGAUAAGAGGCAUAUCAAGGACUGAGAACUGCUAGACUGGGGGAGAUGCACACCCUGCAUCUCAUGAUUAGAACCACAGUGACCUUGUAAAGCGGUUUACUUUUGCGCUGUCAUUAUAUCUUAGAAGAAGCCGAACGCUUUUCAAGGAACAUCUAGAAAAACGGCCCUUGACGUUCUGUUGUGUAAUUACGAAUGCCUUAUUUUUUAUGUUCUCUGAUUAAUAAAUGUUGUGUAUGAACAUGA